CCCCGCCGUAGCUGAUCGCUAUUCCUCCGUUGAUCGAAACCCUACCUGUACUGGCUGUUCCCUUCUCUCAGUCUCACUGGUUAUCGCCGUCGUCAGUAGUCGUGACCAAGAGGCAGCCGCCGCUAGCUCGUGUUGUGACGGCCGGCCGGAGAGGAAACCAUCGGAUCAUCAUCAAGCUAGGGGUCGCUCCGGCGGUGGAAAGCAUGGCCUCGCCGAACAGGCAGACUUGGCCGAGCAUGUUCCGGUCCAAGCAUGCCAGCCAGCUGUGGCAAUCGCAGCCUGACAUGAGCAGCUCGCCCCCCUCCCUCGUCUCCGGAUCCACCGCCGGUCGCACCUUCAAGUCGCCCUUCUCAGGGCCCGAGGAGAGGAACACGGAUCCGAAGCCGCGGUGGAACCCGCGGCCGGAGCAGAUCCGGAUCCUGGAGGCGCUGUUCAACUCCGGCAUGGCGAACCCGCCGCGGGACGAGAUCCCGCGCAUCCGCAUGAAGCUGCAGGAGUACGGCCCCGUCGGCGACGCCAACGUCUUCUACUGGUUCCAGAACCGCAAGUCCCGCUCCAAGAACAAGCUGCUACGCGCCGCAGGUUCCGGGGCCGCCUCCCGCGCCGGCGCGGCACCCGCCAGGGCAUGCGCACCGGCCGCGCGCCAGCACGCCGCGGCGUCGCCGUACACGACGCCCCAGCCCAAACAGCAGCAGUUGCAGGCGCCGCACGUCUCGCCUACGAUGAUGGCGCCAACGUCUUCCUCUUCAUCCUCCUCCGACCGCUCCUCCGGAUCCAGCAAGCCGGUCAAGCCGACCACGGCGGCCAUGGACCUGCUCUCGCCGCUCGCCGCCGCUUGUCACCAGCAGAUGCACUACCAGCCGCUGGGCCUGGGCCUGCAGCCUGCCACGGUGUCGGCUCCAGCUGCGACAGCAGCGUUGGAGGAGUUCGUGCCCACGGCCACGGACGUCGAGCCGAUCUUCCUGCAGUACCCGCAAGGGCACUGCCUGUCGGCGGGCGAGCUCGCCGCCAUCCUCGGCGCGCAGUACAUGCACGCCCCAGUGCAGCAGCCUGCGCCGGCGCCGGCAUCACCGGCGGGCAUGCUCUUGGGCCUUUGCAACGAGCUGGCGGCAGGGCCCACCAGGAGCGGCGCAUGGAUCGGCGCCGGCGGGCUUGGCCAGCACUGGCCCAGCGGUGCCGAUCAGCUCGGCCUCGGCAAGAGCAGUGAGACGUUCAACGCCUCGGCUGUUGCCACGGACGUGGCACACGAGGACGCCACGAAGCUUGGACUGCUCCAUUACGGCUUUGGCCUCAGCUCGCCGCCGGCCGUAAAUGCUGCUACUACCUCUGCGCCGACUGCUGUCUUGCCUCUUCCGGCUUCUUCGCCGGAGACCGGCGCCGUCACCGUUGCAAGUGCGGCCGCUGCCGCUGCUGGGCUGAGCAAUUUAUUUGCGACGACGACUGCUGCUACUUCUGAAGCGGUCACCUACAGUCACUUGCAAGAAGGAGAAGCAGAAGCAGCGGAUGUUGGGUUCGCGGGGACGGGCGUUGUCCCGAGGGGCGCCGCGGUGGUGUGCAUCGCGGGCACCAACGCCGUGUGCAACGUCCCGGCCGGGCACCUGCACGUCAAGACCUACUUCGGCGAGGGGGCCGUCCUUGCCCGUUUCAGGAGCGGGCGCUUCGAACCCUUGGCCGUCGACGCGUCGUUGGGACUGACCGUCGAGCCGCUCCAGCACGGUGACAUCUACUAUUGCGUGCUGAUAUAAGCAAAUUGACCGUGUGCAGUGCAGCCCGGCCGGCCGCGCGUUGAUCUCCUCAUCGAUCGCACUGAUUGCUCCAUCUAGGAUUUAUGUUUAUCUCAAUCUAGCUAGCUUAAUCUAUCGUACGUGUCUGCUAAUUAAUUACUCCAUCGUGUAUUAGAACGUCUGGAUGAUCCAUAGCUUAAUCGUUCAUCCUUUCUCUCAGUGAUCGCCGUGUUGGAUG